UCAGUCUCUUCCCGGUUUGUUUUUGUUCUCCAACAAAGUGCGAGUCAUUGAGCAGGAGAGUCCGGCUCAUCAAGUGGAGGAAGGGCAACGUCUUUGCGCCUUUGUUCCGAUUCGCAACAGCUCGAUUUUUGUUUUAACACUGCAGGAUGGGUCCUGGUUAGGAAUACUGUGGAAAUAAGGAAACAUUAAGAUUUUGGGGGAGAGCUGAUGCGGCUCAGGGGCGAUCGGCGGCCCGCUGCCGUGUCUGAAGCCUGGGGCUGAGUUAAGUCGCAGUCGCUGCGGCUCCGCUACGGAGAAGGACACGACGUCGUAGACUCCUCAUAACAGAGCAGCAUCAAAGCAACUCUCUCUGAUUCUCUUCUGGGAGUGCCCUCACGUGCAACGCCGCCAAGAUAGCUGGACCGGGCAGGAAACGGCACAGCUCAGAUCCAGACCCCUGUGGAAGUGGCUCCGGGAGCGAGGUGGGCGACGGCCAACUCGUUAGUGGCAAGUGGCUGAAGAUGGCCAGCAGCAGUACAGGUCCCAGUGAAUCGGGCCGAAGACGAGGUCAGAGAGGACCUGACGACACGGCCAGCACAAGCAAAAAGAAGCAGAAGGAUAGAGUCAAUCAGGAGAGCAAGGAGGCCAAGCGGAUGACCUCAGUUACCAACACAGAGACUAGGAAAGAUUUGUUUCUGGACUGGAAACAGAGUGCAUAUGAGGUGAUCGUCAGGCUGAACUGUGGAGAUGCUGGGGUGCAGAGAGUAGAGGACAUUGAUUCUGCCUUUUCUGAUACAGCCUGCCAUAUUCGCUUGCCAGAUGGCCGUGAAUGGAGCUGUCACCUCCAUGAGGAGAUUGAGGCCUCCUGCAGUAAACUGCUUUAUAAGGAGAAAGCAAAUGUUCUGCAGCUGGUCAUGCACAAGAAGAUCCCCCUCAACACCUGGCCCAUCCUUGCGAACAAGAAAGAAACUGAACCAGUCAACAUUCUUAAAGAGAAUGGCAGUAACCACCACCAGUCAACCACAGGGCAGUCCAAAAAAUCUGCCGAAACCAUUGAAACGCAGAAAACUUCCGCACUGAACUCUGCGGAGCAGAAACGAAGUAAACCCGACCGAGGGUUGAAGCGAGUAAUGAAAGGAAAACAGAUUGAGAACACUGACAGCGCAGGUGUAAAAGCAGCUGAGCAGAAAUCAGGUGAUAAAGCAGACCUGAACAAUGAGCCCAGUGCAAAGCGCACCACACGGCCCUCCAAAAACACAAAGGAGGCCUCUCAAGCCCCUAUUUCGGCAAGAGAGCCUGAAACCAAACUAGCAGUUAAUGGAAAGCCACAUGCAUCAGCCAUUAGCAGCACUGUAUCUUCAUCUAACAAAGCUAAAGACAACAGAGCUCAGCUACAGUGCAAAGAUCAAGCAUGCCAGUCAUCGCUGAAAGAAAAAGGGGUGGACAGGAGGCCAAAAAGCCAUGCUCAGGCUGAAGCAGAUGAGAGCAGGACGCUUUCCCCAGUGUAUGAAUCAAAGGUGGCACAGCAGGAGAAUUCUUCCUCUCCCGUGAGAAUACACACUUCUGGUGAUUCAUGCGCUGAAAGAAUAGAAUCAGAAGAGGGAGAAAACAGAAAGGAAAAGAAGCCAGAGGCUGCUACACAGAUCCCUAAAAUGAUUCAAUCUCAAAAUAUGGGAUCUGGAGAGCCUGUCUCAACAACUGCCUCUAAGAGAGAGGAGUCCCCUCAGAAGAUCUGCACAGAGGAGAAGAGAGACAUGUCCAAGGAGGAGCCACAUGGAGUACACCAGGAAGAGGACACGGAAGGUCUUGAGCCGAUGGUAAACCUGAAGUUUGUUAAGAAUGAUUCAUAUGAGAAAGGGACCGACCUGAUGGUUGUUAAUGUCUACGUGAAAGAAAUAUGCCGGGAGACAUCCAAGGUGCUGUUCAGGGAACAAGACUUCACUCUUAUAUUCCAGACCAGUGAUUCCAAUUUUUUGCGCCUUCAUCCAGUUUGUGGACCAAAUACUGUCUUUAAAUGGCAGGUUAAACUCAGGAAUCUAAUCCAGCCAGAUCAGUCCAGCUAUGCCUUCACUCCGUCCCGUAUUGACAUCACCCUGAAGAAAAGACACAGUCAGCGCUGGGGGGGUCUGGAGGCCCCAGCCACACAAGGUGCAGUGGGGGGCGCCAAGGUUGCUGUGCCCUCCAGUCCUUCCUCACUCGAAAAGAGUCAGCCAGGAAGCAGCCAGCAUACACUUCCUACUAAAGAAGAACCUCGAGUUGGGGAGGAGAAAGCCAAACCCCCUCGAGUGCCACAGGAUACAGGUCUGGAUGCCGUGGCCCCUCGCUCGGUCCCCGACCACAUGCCUCUCAAACAGGAACCAACUGUUGCCACGCCCAAGCCCACCUGUAUGGUGCAACCCAUGUCUCACACUCCUCCUGUAUGCAGUGAGAGAGCUGAAGAAGUUGAGGAGAAGAAGGUGUGUCUCCCUGGCUUUACUGGAUUGGUAAAUCUGGGAAACACCUGCUUUAUGAACAGCGUGAUCCAGUCGCUCUCCAACACACGGGAGCUCAGGGAUUAUUUCCACGAUCGAGCGUUUGAGUCUGAGAUUAACUGUAAUAAUCCACUGGGCACGGGUGGUCGGCUGGCCAUUGGGUUUGCUGUUUUGCUUCGAGCUCUGUGGAAGGGCACUCACCACGCCUUUCAACCCUCCAAAUUAAAGGCUAUAGUUGCCAGUAAAGCCAGUCAGUUUACAGGCUACGCCCAGCAUGAUGCUCAGGAGUUCAUGGCUUUCCUGCUCGAUGGGCUGCAUGAGGACUUGAACCGCAUCCAAAACAAACCUUACACAGAGACUGUUGACUCAGACGGCCGUCAGGACGAAGUUGUUGCAGAAGAGGCGUGGCAGAGGCAUAAAAUGAGGAACGACUCCUUCAUUGUUGACCUCUUUCAGGGCCAGUACAAAUCAAAGCUUGUGUGUCCAGUGUGCUCUAAGGUUUCCAUUACCUUUGACCCCUUCCUGUAUUUGCCUGUCCCCCUACCUCAAAAACAGAAGGUGCUUACUGUUUUCUAUUUUGCUAAAGAGCCUCACAAGAAACCAGUCAAGUUUUUGGUCAGUGUAAGUAAGGAGAACUCGAGCACAGCAGAAGUACUGGAGUCGAUAUCUCGCAGUGUGAGGAUCAAACCAGAGAACCUGAGACUGGCAGAGGUGGGAAAAGGCAGAUUCCAAAGAAUCUUCACCCCGUCUCACUCCUUGGACACAGUCAUGUCCAAUGACCUGCUCUUCUGCUUUGAGGUGUUGUCAAAAGAUCUCGCCAAAGAGAGGGUUGUGCUGCUGAAGGUCCAACAGAGACCUCAGGUUCCCAGCAUCUCAAUUACAAAGUGUGCUGGCUGCAUGAAGCCUCCUGCUUCUGACGACGAGAAGCUCAAACGCUGUACACGCUGCUACCGUGUGGGCUACUGCAAUCAGGCCUGCCAGAAGAACCACUGGCACACUCACAAGACUUUGUGCCGAACCAACGUGGAGAAUAUUGGACUCCCGUUUUUAAUCAGUGUGCCUGAGUCUAGGCUGACUCACACCCGCCUCACACAGCUUCUGGAAGGCUACUCUAGGUACUCUGUGAAUGUAUUCCAGCCACCUUUCCAGUCUGGCCGGACGUCCCCAGAAGCCAGCGUGCCCCGUGUUGAUCUGUCCUCCAUGGCGAGCAGUGUCUCUAGCAAGCUAGAGGAGAUGCCGUCAUCUGUGGCAGAAACCGAGAACGUUGAGCAGGGUGAUUCUGUCACAGCCCCACAAACAGAGACUGUGUCUGCUCUCUCCACAGCAGAUGGGGACACUCUCUCCACACACACCAUUGAUUCUGGCUGCUGUGAACUUGCUGCCAGCUCCCAAGAUUAUUUGGUGGAGAAAGACACAUGUGAAAAGGCUAAGCCAGAAGCUGUAGUAACUGGGUAUCAGCAGCCAUCUGAGUCUGGAACUGGAAGUGCCUCUCAAUUCUACAUCUCAGUUCUGGAUUCAAACCAAAAGGAGGACAAAAAACUUGAGGACAAAGGUGAUGCAGUGCUGGAGCUGCCUGAUGACAGCACACUGGAGCUGGUGUGGAAGAACAACGAGCGGCUGAAAGAAUAUGUGCUGGUGCGUACUAAAGAGCUGGAAUUUGACGAGGACCCAGGCUCUGCUACAGAGACUGCCAGGGCAGGACACUUCACUUUGGAGCAGUGCCUGAAUCUCUUCACCAAACCUGAGGUGCUAGCCCCCGAAGAGGCAUGGUACUGCCCUAAGUGUCAGCAACACCGAGAAGCCUCUAAACAACUGCUGCUCUGGCGUCUACCCAACGUGCUCAUCAUUCAGCUCAAGCGCUUCUCGUUUAGGAGCUUUAUCUGGAGGGACAAGAUUAAUGAUAUGGUCGAUUUCCCUGUCAGAAACUUGGACCUAAGUAAGUUUUGCAUCGGUCAUAAGGAAGACAUCCAGCAGCCCCCCAUAUAUGACCUCUACGCUGUGAUCAACCACUAUGGCGGAAUGAUUGGAGGACAUUACACAGCCUACGCUCGGCUUCCCAGUGACAAGAACAGCCAGCGCAGUGAUGUUGGUUGGCGUUUGUUUGACGACAGCACAGUGACGACAGUGGAAGAGAGCCAGGUGGUGACACGUUACGCCUAUGUGCUAUUCUACAGGCGCAGGAACUCUCCUGUAGAGAGGCCAUCACGCUUGCUGGGGCCCCUUGGCACCGAAUCCUCUUCUGCAACCGGUGGUGCUGUCAGUCAGGCGUCUCUGAUGUGGCAGGAACUGGAGGAGGAUGAGGAAGGGCAGAGAGAAGCCUCCUUUAGGAGCCUAUUCCGCUCCGGUCUACGAGGAAGACGAGCCAGGACGAGGCUGGAGGAAGAAGAGGCUGGCAGGGGAGGGCUGGCGCGCCUCAGACAAGACAGCAUCUCCGAUUACUCUGACAGCGACCGUCUAAGAUAUUUUAUCCUAGGCACUACGGCAGCACUCCUAGCAUUGCUUUUCAACCUCAUCUAUCCUUUGUUGUACAGGUCCAACUGGGGUUAAUUUACUCCUCACAAUCAUUAGACUGCAGUUACAAACCGCCUGUAAUGAGUCAGUUCACCCUCAGCAGAAAUGAAAUAUUUGCACUUUGCAUUUUAAGGAAUCAUUUACAUAUUGAUAGUGCUUCUGUUUAGCUUUUGAGCCACACAGCCUGGUAGAUUGUAAUUUACGCAGACCUAAGAUCUCUACUGUCCAGUUUUUAAAUGUUUUAAAAUCAACUCCUCUACAUUGUUUAGUGGCAAGUUUAAAAGAAUGCUUCAAAUCAAAAAACACUCAGGGAAAACUUGUUUUCUUUUAUGAAGGUUUAUUGUAACAGUAAGCAACAUAUACAUUACUUUUAGUUUUUUUUUUGUUUGUUUGUUUUUUUUAAUAGUUGUCUCAUCCUUUAGGCUAGACUUAAUUAUUUAGCUGGAUGACCAAUCAAUAAAUCAAAACUGAGAUAAAAACCCAAAUCUUUAAAGCUGCUAAUCAUGGUCAUUCUUAUCAGAUACAAAAUGCAACUUUAUUACAAUAAUAAUAAUUUAAAAAAAGCAUAAUGGCAACAUCUUAAACUCAUUAAAACUGUGAUAAUUGCCUUUCCUUAGCUAUUGUAACACUCUUUAAACCUAUAGCUGUAUUAUGUCAUCUCAAUUUUAAGUCAACAUAAAAUCAAAAUUGGCCCUAGUUACUUUAAAUUAUAAUCUUGGUCUUAUUGCGCAUGAUUCGUCAAAGGGAAAAAGGUCUUUGUAAUCUUUUAACAAAAAGUAAUAUCUUGUACUGCCUCUGAAAUGACUUUCUUUUUAAAUUUAUGUCAUUCUGCACAAGAAGAGAAAAUAAUGUUAACCAAUAACAGAAUAGUUAAUUAGGCAUUGCUUUAGGCUACAUAAUGGUAAGGAAUCCCCACUUUUCACAAACAUUUAACAAAAAAAUAUUUUUUUAUUUUUUUAUAUUCUGUUUAAUUCAGAAAUAUGUUGCAUUAUGGGAGUAAAAUGGGCUAUGAAUGCCAGAAUCAUUGUUCUUUUGAGUAAACCUUCCUACUUUAGAUCCUUAAUGAAAUAAUCCCAGAUUUUCAAGCAUUUUUGUUGCAUGUUGAUGUUUUUCCUUUAAAAAAAGAAUUUAAGGGGCUUACUCAUACAGUGGCAAUAAAACGUAUGUGAAUCCUUUGGAAUUACCUGGUUUUCUGUAUUAAUUGGUCAUAAAAUUAAAUCUCAUCUUCAUCAAAGUCAUAAGUAUAGACAAACACAAUGUGCUUAAGCUAACAACACACAAACAAUUAUAAUCUUUCAUGUCUUUAUUGAACACAUCUAAUUAAACAUUCACAGUGCUGUGAAAAGGGUACAUGAACCCUUGGAUUUAAUAACUGGUCGAUCCUCCUUUGACAACAAUAACCUCAACCAAGCAUUUCUGGCAUUUCAAGUAAUUUUUUACCAUUCUUCCUUACAGAACUGCCUCAACUCAGUCAUAUUCUUAGGAUGUCUGGUGUGAGUGGCUCUCUUUACGUCAUUCCACAGCGUCUCUAUUGGGUUGAGGUCUGGGCUCUGACUGGGAUGUACUUCAGUGUUUAGGGUCAUUGUCCUGCUGCAUCACCCAAUUUAUACUGAGCUUCAGCUGGUGCACAGCCACCCUGACAUUAUCCUGUAGGAUAUCUUGAUAAGCUUGGUAAUUAAUUUUUACCUCGAUGAUGGCAAGCGGUCCAGGCCCCGAAGCAGCAAAGCAGCCCUAAAUCAUGUUGCUCCCACCACCGUACUUCACCAUUGCGAUGUUUUCAUGUUGGUAUAUGGUGAACUUUUGUUCUUCACCAAACAAUUCAACCUUAGUUUCAUCAGUCCACAAAACAUUUUCCCCAUAGCACUGUGUCAAGGUGGUCUUUGGCAAACUUCAGGCACGCAACAAUGUUUUUGUUGGAAGGCAGUGGCUUCCUUCUUGGUGUCCUGCCUUGGACACCAUGCCUGUUUAAUGUUUUCCGUAUAGUUGACUCAUGAACAGAGAUGUUAACCAGUACCAAUGAUUUGUUCAAGUCUUUAGUUGUCACUCAAGCAUUCUAUUUUUUAGCUCAUUGAGCAUUUUGCUGUGUGCCCUUUUGAGUCAUAUUAGCUGGACGGCCACUUCUAGGGAGAGUAGCCACAGUACUAAAUUGUCUCCAUUUAUAGACAGUUUGUCUAACUGUGAACAGAUGAAUAUCUAAGCUCCUUGAGAACUUUGUAACCCUUACAUUUUGUUGACAUCAUUAGCUUAGGGGUUCAUGUACUUUUUCCAACCUAUACUGUGAAUGUUUGAAUGAUGUAUUCAGUAUGUACAGGAACAGUACAAUAAUUUGUGUUAUUAGUUAAAACAGACUGUGUUUGUUCAUUAUUGUAACUUAGAUGAAGUUCAAACCAUAUUUUAAGACAAAUGUAUACAUAAAUGCAGGUUACUCAAAAGGAUUCACAUACUUCUCUUUCCACUGUAUUUUAACCACUAAAUUAAGACUGGAUUGUAGCCAAAAUGUGCUUGUCUUUUUGGUUUUUGAAGCAGUUUGAAUUGUUACUGUUUUCCCAGUCAGUGCAGUACUGUAUGUAUGUACCCUGUUGGGGUACUAACAGGGGUUUAAUUGGGGCGGAACAGUCCAGAACAGCAUUCUGGCACCUCCGAUUCAAAAAAGAAAUAUUGGCAGUUUGUUUGUCACUUCAUUCUAUGUCCUGCAGGCAGGCUCUAGUUCAGUUGUUUUAUGCAUUCUGUCUCCAUUUAGUAAGUGUGCUUGCUUGAAAACACCUUUAAAUUUAAUUACAUAAGAAUAAUGCUUUCAUCUAGUCUGUAUCAAAACCUGGUCCACUAUUUUUGCCUAGAGCAGCACUCUUUUAAACAGGGCACACACACUGUUGCCCACUACUGUUCCUGGAUAGGGAUCACAAAUUAAUAUGCAACCAGUGCUCCAAGUGGGAAGAAAUGUGUGUCCCCCCAAGAAUCCCUAUUAAAUUCCAAUUUAAUCCCUGGAAAUUAUAUUUGUUUUAUAGUUUGCACAAUUAAUCCAAAGUUUAGUUGCGCAUUGUAAAAUGAAUGGUGGGUCUUAUGAUUGGAGUGCUGCUAGGUUUGUGGGGAUAUAACAUUUUCAAGUCUCCGGGAUGCUGAAGGUCUAUAAUGGUUCACAAGGCCGCUCACACUACAAAGCCUGAAGACAUUUGGCUUCUGGUAAUGACUCAGUUGAAUUUAAACUACUCAACUUCUGACUCCUUCUGGGACAAAGUGACUGAAACUAAACUAAACAGAUGUUGUACCUCAUUAAGAUCACUUCAAAGUCUAAAAGCGAAUUAAUUUCUGGAGUAUCAUGAUUGGUGAUUCUGUUCAGAGAAUGUUACUUGUUCUAAUUAGGAGGUGAAUCUUUGGUCUUCUUUUUCCAGUCUUUUGAGCAAGGGCACUUACAUCAAUAAUCAAGUCUUUAUAUUGUAUAUGUAAUCACAUGUCUGCUUGUUUAUGGGUUCAUGUUUAAGCAGCGCUUUAACAUUUCUAGAUUGUUGAUUUUAUUUAAGUAAAUAUAACAAUCUAUAAACAAAAUGUUAAUAUAUUUAUGAUGCUGCAAAAAAGUUCUCGGCAAUAAAUUCUAAAUGCUGCUCAAUUGUAAAGGUACCCUUACUGCCUUCAUAAAUAAAGGUCAAGAUCAAUCAGCAA